UCUCCCCCCAAUAGAUUGAGCUCUCCCCACUUUAGUUCUCUCCGUUUUCACUGACAAAAAGUAAGUCGUAGCGGAUUUAUUUUCCGACGGAGAUUUUUUUUAAUUCCCGGUGGGAAUUAGAAGGCGACGUCAGUUAUUAGAGCAACAAUGGUCGACGUGGACCGGAGGAUGUCCGGUCUGAAUCCGGGCCAUAUAGCAGGCCUACGCCGUCUCUCUGCUCGCGCUUCCGCUCCUUCAACUCCGGCAUCCCUUCCUGUACGCAACGGUCUUCAGUCUUUCUCUUCUUUAGCUGACAAAGUUAUAACCCAUUUAAGGAAUUCGGGUUUUCAAGUCCAGCCGGGUUUGUCGGAUGCCGAGUUCGCCCGAGCGGAAGCCGAGUUUGGUUUCGUUUUCCCACCUGACCUCCGAGCCAUAUUAUCAGCCGGUUUACCUGUGGGUCCAGGUUUUCCCGAUUGGCGGUCUGCUGGAGCAAGACUCCAUCUCCGGGCCUCGCUUGAUCUUCCCAUUGCUGCAAUUUCCUUUCAGAUAGCGCGUAACACUUUGUGGUCCAAAUAUUGGGGCCCCAGACCGUCUGAACCGGAAAAAGCAUUACGAGUUGCAAGGAAUGCGCUAAAGAGAGCUCCCCUUUUGAUCCCCAUUUUCAACCACUGCUAUAUUCCCUGUAACCCGUCUUUAGCGGGUAACCCGAUUUUCUUCAUCGAUGAGACCCGUGUUUUUUGUUGCGGAUUUGAUAUAUCCGAUUUUUUCGAGAGAGAAUCUCUGUUUACGAGCUCCGUAUCCAAUCCGGAGUCGUUGAAAAAACAGAGAUCGGUUAGUGAAAAAUCAGCCGGCUCCUCCACUAAUUUCUCCAGGCGGAGUAUGGAUGCGGGUUUGGCAAGCGGGACAAGAACACCUAGAUGGGUGGAGUUCUGGAGUGACGCGGCAGUUGAUCGGCGCCGGCGAAACUCGUCGUCAUCAUCGUCGAAUUCGUCGCCUGAUAGAUACUUUGAGAUGCGGAAGACCCAAGUUCCAAAAUGGGUCGACGAAUACAUGGAGCAAAUCGGAUCAGUUCUACGAGAAGGCGGGUGGGGGGAGUCCGACAUAACGGAGAUCGCACACGUGUCAGCAUCUGGGUUCUUCGAAGGAGAGAUGGUUUUAUUGGAUAAUCAAGCGGUUCUGGAUGCGCUUCUUUUAAAAGCGGAUCGGUUCUCAGAUACACUUCGAAAAGCGGGGUGGAGCUCCGAAGAAGUUUCGGAUGCGUUAGGGUUCGAUUUUCGACCGGAGAAGGAAAAGAAACCUGCCAAGAAAUUAUCCCCGGCGCUGGUUGAAAAAAUCGGGAAACUUGCUGAAUCGGUUACGGGUUCAUGAUACAGCUUCCAGAAAAAUUUUUCUCCCUUUUUACUUGAAGGAAAAAAAAACUCUAAUUUGUAUUUUGAAAAAGAGGGUCUGGAGUUUGAGAAAAACAAAAGAGAGUAAAAUAUAUGGGGGCUAACGCGUUGUACCAUGAAACGGAGCGCAAAAAAAAAAAAGAAAAAAAAGUUUUAAAAAUGACAUUGUUGUUCAUAAUAUAUAAAUAAUUAAUAAAAAAAAACAGUCAUUUUCAUUUUA